GUGGGUAGGUGUGAGGGGCACAGGUAGAGGCGAACAGGUGAGAAGGCAGAGCAGGAGAUACAAGGCAAGAGGGAGACAGAAAAGGGAGAGAACAGAAGGCACGGGAGAGGAGAGGAGGACAAAAGGGGAGAUAGGAGAGAGAAAGCGAGAGACGAGGGGGCCGGACAAAGGGCGAAGUGUCCCUGAGCAGAAGCGGAGAGGGGUAGACAGAUUGCGGUGUGAAGCGGGUCAUCGGGUACCUGGAAUUGAACAGAGAAUGGAGAUGCUCGGAGCUAGGCUGAACAGAGGAAACUCUGUCUUCAUGCGUUCGCCCAGCUCAGCCAGUCUGGUGAGCACGGGCCCUCAGCGGCGGUCCAGCACCGCCCGGAGUCUCCAGGGCGACCUGGGCAAGAACGUGCGGUUGAUCUCGCACGGUCCGGUGAACGGGCCCGCUUUCGGGCGGGUGGGGUUCCCGGUACCGACUUUCAACCAGCAGGAUGAACUGCAGGGGUUGAACAAGCGGCUCGCCUCCUAUAUGAGCAAGGUAAAGACCCUCGAGACCGCUAACAAGGAACUGGAGAACAAGAUUAAGGACGCGCUGGCCAAGAGAGGCAAGUCGACCCGCGACUGGCAGUCGUACGAGAAACCCGUGGUGGACAUCUGUAAGCAGGUUCAGGACACCAACAUGGACAAUGCUGGCCUGACCUUACAGCUGGACAAUUGCGAACUGGCGUCCGAUGACUUCAAAGUGAAGUGGCAGUCGGAGAUGGACUUGAGGCAGUCGGUAGAACAGGACCUCAAUGGUCUGAGAAAAAUUCUCGAAGAGACCAACGUCGGCCGUGGGCAGCUGGAGGUGCAGAUCGAGACCUUGAACGAGGAGCUCAGAUACCUCCGCAAGAACCAUCAGGAGGAGGUGGAUGAACUCAGACGGCAGAUUUCGAACUCCGACGUCUUGGUGGAGCUUGACAACUCUGAAGAGGAGGAUCUGGGACAAAUGAUUCACAAGAUCCGCGAGGAAUACCAGGUCCUUGCAGACCAGAACAAGAAGGAGGCAGAGGAAUGCUACAGGAAGAAGUUUGACUCUGCCUCCCUUGAGGUCUCAAAGAACAACGAGGCUUUGCAGGCAGCUAAGCUGAACGUCACUGACCUCCGGCGUCAGAUCAAAGCCCUGGAGGUGGAGCAGCGCACCCUCGGAGCCACGAUCCAGUCGCUGGAGGACACCCUGCAGGACACCGAGGAGCGAGUGGCCACUGAGCUCCAGAGCCUGGCCAACACCAUCGCCAGCCUAGAGCAGCAGUUGGCACAGCACCGCACAGACCUGAAGAACCGGGGCAUGGAGUACCAGGCCUUGCUCAACACCAAGAUGAGGCUACAGGCGGAGAUCGACACCUAUCGAAAGCUUCUGGAGGGAGAUGGGUUAAGUCAAUCAGACCACCCAAGAUCACCUCUAGGCACUGGAGAUCCAAAGAAAAGCGCUAAGAAAGUCAUCAUCAUUUCGCAGAAACUUGUGGAGGGGAAACUUGUUUCAGAGAAACAGGAAACAAAAGAAAUCCUGCAUUGAAAAUCCUUUCCAUCUGCGCUGAAUUCUGGGAGAACGUUCCAAAGGAUUUAGAGCUAAAACGCUUGGGGAAGGGUCUGUCUGCCUAUCUAUCGGCUGGGGUACAAGGGUCAGAGGUCGACUUGGGAAGUGGGUUUCAGUUAGGUAAAGGCGAAGAAGCAGAGUGUUCAAUGUUUAAAGUUCAAAGUAAAUUUAUUAUCAAACUACAUAUAUCUCACCACAUACAACCCUGAGAUUCACUUUCUUACAGGCCUUCACAGUAAAUACAAAGGUACACAACAGAAUCAAUGAAAGACCGCACAUGAAAAAAUGGAAAAACAGCCAUUGUGCAAAAGAAAACAAACUGAACAAAUACAAUAAGAAAAAAUAAUCAAUAAUAAGCAAUACAUAUUGAGAAUGGGAGAUAAAAAGUCCUUGAAAGUGAGUCCAUAAUUUCAGUGUUGGGGUGAGUGAGGUUGAGUGAAGUUAUCCCCUUUAGUUCAAGCGUCUGUUGGUUGCAGGUAAUAACCGUCGCUGAACUUGGUGUGGUUCCUGAGGCUCCUACUCUCUUCUCGCUGCUGCCAUAAGGGAGGCGAUACGGGGGGGGGGGGGGGAAUGUGGUUCUAUCCUCUUGUGUUCCCAGUGCUCCCUUUAGUACCCAGGGGCCUGAGCUGUUUCACAGCUCCACUGAUGGCCUAAUUCUGCACGUGGCUUUAUAGUCUUCUCAGCAUCACUAAACCCACUGUCAUUUUGUGUAGGCAGAGCACUUAAGGUGAGAGUUCAGCUGUCUGCAAUGCUCAGAUCUUAACCCCGUACUUGCUUUUGGCACGUCUAGUGUACAUUUCCAUGGGCUUCUUGAAAAUUUAGGCUUAAUUUUGUCCAAAGCAUUAACAUUCCUUGAUAUAAAUGUGAGGGAGGGUGAUGUGGGAAUCUGAUUUUGCCGUUGUAACUCUGCUUGCUUCUCUAA